GUGGACGCUGUGUUGUUGCACCACAGUCGCUGUCAUGUGAUAGCUCGUCUGAGGAGCUCCUGGUGACCGAGGCUUCCUGCGUUCAGAUGAAGCUACUAUAAAAACGCGCAGGGCGAACGUUGUAUGUUUGCUGGAGAGGACGAGGACGUUUGGUUUGUGACGGACAACAGGGAGGCCGGGGUUGUGUAGCUUCGCCCUCGGACGCUGCCAUGGGUUGCUGUUACAGCAGCGACAACGACAACACAGACCAGAGACCAGAAGAAUAUAAGCCGCUGAUUCCUCAUCCGAAUCCUGUCAGCAAACCACCAAAUGGGUCAGACUGGGUCACCCCCAGUGUCCCCUCAGCCCGGACUGAUGAACAGGCCCUUCUUACAUCCAUCCUCACAAAGACGGCACAGAAUAUCAUUGAUGUCGCAGCAGCUGAGUCUCUCUUGAUGGAGCCGCACGAGUACAUGGACAAAGCUCGGCAAUACAGUACAAAGCUAGCUGUGUUGAGCAAUAGUCUGCCCCAGAAGAAAGCACUUGCUCUACCCUCCCUCACUAGUCAACCCCACCAAGUGCUUGCGAGUGACCUGGUGCCAUAUUCAGAUGUUCAGCAGGUGUCCAAGAUAGCAGCGUAUGCUUACAGUGCAAUCUCUCAGAUCAAAGUGGAUGCUAAAGAAGAACUGGUUGUCCAGUUUGCCAUUCCCUGAUUCUGCGACUCUGGCCUGCAUAUUGUUCCUCCCAUCGUGCGCUCUCUGUGCCACUCCUGCAUCCUCACCCUUCAGCCUACCAUCUAUUAAAGCAUCUUGGUUCUUUUGAUUAUCAUCCAUGUCUCUUCUGACACAGAUGUGCACUUGCAUCUUGUGAAUUGAGUCUAGUUAAUUAUGGGUCAGUGACAAAUUAUUAUUUUUUCUUUGCCAAUGGACAGUUGUCUACUGAAGACAGUGGGGUGUAAAUUACGUUACAUCAAAAACAAAGCCAGGUUUUGUCAGAACAAGCUGUGGACAAGUCAUUGUUCUUUUUUGAUCUUUUUAAACGGUUUUCAUCAUAAACUUAUUUUGUUGUUUUCUAGCCUGUAUACUAGGCAAGUAAGGGUAUCUGUUCACACCAGUCAAAGGUAUAAAAUAGGGGAUUGUUGGCACAAGCCACUGGCUAUUGCUGUGUUUACUUGGUACAAUUUGCGUUAGAGUGUCUGUGCCAUAGUGUAGUGGAAAUGAUCACAGUACGACAUGCACUGGGUGAGGAUUCAAACAAUUUAAUGGGGGAAAAAAACUCCAUUUAAGUAAGAUGUAAUGAAUUGUAAUUCUAAAAUUCGGAUAUGCCUUGAAGAUUUGGCAAUUAUGCUGUCCCUGGCUUGAAAAAAAAACAUGUUUCACUACAACUUAAACAUGAACCAACUGGAGUAAAAAAAAAAAUACAUACAGUGGAUCUUGUUGAUUAGUAAUUUGUCAUCCAGUGUGUAAUGUGUUUAUCCAGUUAAGAUCAAACCAUGACUGCUGUCCACGUCUGGGGGCCUCUGGUGGGUGAGGAUGCGAACAGGAGCACGGUGCUGCUGGGUGUGCUUACUAAUGUCACUGGGUGUGGGAUGGAUGGAGCUUUUUGGGGCGCACGUUCUUGAGUUUACAGUCAUUUAUUCUCUGCAGUUUUCUAGCACUGAAAGUUGGAGCUGGCAGACUCUUCAAAUCAAAUCCCAAAAACUUCUUUAAAAACAGCAGAGGAAUACAGAGAGGAAGGGGGGUUGAUGUUUGGUGGGUGCGGAGACGGAUAUUGUAUAUUCAUGCCUUCAUUGUACAGAAUUUUCUGAUAUGAACAUAGAUGAUGGAUUGUAUGAAGUUCCUCUUUUUGUGGCGAGUUCAUUGGUCAAGAACGGCAUGUAACAAAUGUUUUUAUGAAAAACACUUUUACGGCCUGCGUGUGUUAGCUGUUAAGCUUGAUGCUGCGGAGUAAUAUCACUAGGUUGUUCAGAACUAACCUUUGUAGCAGUGUGGGGGAGCGUUACCAACCCAUGUACCACAGCAGAUUAAAUGAUACAAACGCUUUUUGUGAUUAUUUAUUUGUUUUAAGCCAAUAUUGACUCUUUGGAGGAGAGCACGGCGAGCCUCUCUGGAGUUACUAAAGGGAUGAUCAGCAAGGAUGUGACUUUUUCAACCCUGCAAUCGAUUUAAGCUUUUUGCAAAGGGUUCUUGGCAUUUUUUUUCUUUUAUUUGUUACCUGUGUAAUACUACCUGGAAUACGUUCGUUAUAUGUUAGGCUAGUACCAAAAAAGUUUUAAAAGUUUUAUUUUGUUCUCUCUUCGGUUUAAUCAAUUCAUUAAAAACUUAAACAUAA